AUGGACGUGGACCUGGACGUAGACGUGGACGUGGACGUGGACAUGGUCGUGGACGAUGACGUGGACAUGGUCGUGGACGUGGACGUGGACCUGGUCGUGGACGUUGACGUGAACGUGGACGUGGACGUGGACGUGGACGUGAACCUGGUCGUGGACGUGGACGUGGACGUGGUCGUGGACGUGGACGUGGACGUGGUCGUGGACGUGGACGUGGACGUGGACGUGGAGGUGGAGGUGGACAUGGACGUGGACGUGGACGUGGACGUGGACGUGGACGUGGACGUGAACGUGGACGUGGUCGUGGACGUGGACGUGGACGUGGACGUGGACGUGGACGUGGACGUGGACAUGGACGUGGAGGUGGACGUGGAGGUGGACGUGGAGGUGGACGUGGAGGUGGACGUGGAGGUGGACAUGGAGGUGGACGUGGACGUGGAGGUGGAGGUGGACGUGGACGUGGAGGUGGAGGUGGACGUGGACGUGGACGUGGACGUGGACGUGGACGUGGACAUGGUCGUGGACGUGGACGUGGACGUCGACGUGGACGUGGACGUGGACCUGGUCGUGGACGUGGACGUGGACGUCGACGUGGACGUGGUCGUGGACGUGGACGUGGACGUGGACGUGGACUUGGACGUGGACCUGGUCGUGGACGUGGACGUGGACAUGGUCGUGGACGUGGACGUGGACGUGGACGUGGACAUGGUCGUGGACGUGGACGUGGACGUGGACGUGGACCUGGUCGUGGAUGUCGACGUGGACGUCGACGUGGACGUGGACAUGGUGGACAUGGUCGUGGACGUGGACGUGGACGUGGACAUGGACGUGGAGGUGGACAUGGUCGUGGACGUGGACGUGGACGUGGAUGCGGACGUGGACGUGGACGUGGAGGCGGACGUGGACGUGGACGCGGAGGCGGACGUGGACGUGGACGUGGAGGCGGACGUGGACGUGGAGGUGGAGGUGGACGUGGACGUGGAGGUGGACGUGGACAUAGACGUGGAGGUGGACGUGGAGGUGGACGUGGAGGUGGACGUGGACGCGAACGCGGACGUGGACGUGGACGUGGACGUGGACGUGGACGUGGACAUGGACGUGGACGUUGACGUGGACGUGGACGUGGUCGUGGACGUGGACGUGGACGUGGACGUUGACGUGGACGUGGACGUGGACCUGGUCGUGGACGUGGACGUGGACGUGGACGUGGACGUGGACGUGGACAUGGUCGUGGACGUGGACGUGGACGUGGACGUGGACGUGGACAUGGUCGUGGACGUGGACAUGGACGUGGACGUGGACGUGGACGUGGACGUGGACCUGGACAUGGACGUGGACAUGGUCGUGGACAUGGACGUGGACGUGGACGUGGACGUGGACGUGGACGUGGACGUGGAGGUGGACGUGGAGAUGGACGUGGAGGUGGACGUGGAGGUGGAGGUAGACGUGGACGUGGACGUGGAGGUGGACGUGGACGUGGCAUGGACGUGGACGUGGACAUGGACGUGGACGUGGACGUGCACGUGGACGUGGACGUGGAAGUGGACAUGGACGUGGACAUGGACGUAG